GGUCGGUCGGUCGGCUGGCUAUGCGCCUGCGCACAGCAGCCGGGCAGGUGGCUGGUGUGUUGUUAUUCGGCGGCGGUGGCGGCGGCAAGAUGGCGGCGCACGGGGGUUCUGCGGCCUCCUCGGCGCUCAAAGGGUUAAUCCAGCAGUUCACCGCCAUCACAGGUGCCAGUGAAAGUGUGGGGAAACAUAUGCUUGAAGCAUGCAACAAUAAUCUAGAGAUGGCUGUCACUAUGUUUCUGGAUGGUGGAGGCAUAGCAGAGGAGCCCAGCACCAGUUCAGCAGCAGUGUCAACUGUCCGACCAGAUACCGAGGAUGAAGUACGAGCACCAAUUCCACAAAAGCAGGAAAUUUUGGUAGAGCCGGAGCCCUUGUUUGGAGCUCCUAAACGACGCAGACCUGCCCGUUCAAUAUUUGAUGGUUUUCGGGAUUUUCAAACAGAAACCAUUCGACAGGAGCAGGAGCUGCGGAAUGGAGGUGCAAUAGAUAAGAAACUCACUACCCUUGCAGACCUCUUCAGGCCUCCCAUCGAUCUGAUGCACAAAGGCAGCUUUGAAACGGCCAAAGAAUGUGGUCAGAUGCAGAAUAAAUGGCUCAUGAUUAACAUCCAGAAUGUGCAGGACUUUGCAUGUCAGUGUCUCAACCGUGAUGUCUGGAGCAAUGAGGCUGUGAAGAACAUUAUUCGGGAGCAUUUCAUUUUUUGGCAGGUAUACCAUGACAGUGAGGAAGGACAGAGAUACAUACAGUUUUAUAAACUGGCAGAUUUCCCUUAUGUCUCCAUUCUGGACCCCAGGACAGGCCAGAAAUUAGUGGAGUGGCACCAACUGGAUGUAACUUCUUUCUUGGACCAAGUGACUGGUUUCCUGGGUGAGCAUGGGCAACUGGAUGGACAUUCUACCAGCCCUCCCCAAAAAUGUUCCCGCUCUGAGAGCCUCAUUGAUGCUAGUGAGGAUAGUCAGAUGGAAGCUGCCAUCAGGGCCUCCCUGCAGGAGACGCAUUUUGAUUCCUCCCAGGUCAAACAGGACAGCCGAUCAGAUGAGGAGUCUGAAUCUGAGCUUUUCUCUGGAAGUGAGGAAUUUAUUUCUGUUUGUGGCUCUGAUGAUGAUGAUGAUGAGUCCGAGAAUCCUGCCAAGUCUAGGAAGUCUCCACACAAGGACUUAGGGUGUAGGAAAGAGGAGAGCCGGAGGCCUCCGCCUGAGCCCCCCACAAGGACUGAGCCUGGAACAACAUCAAACCAUCGAGUAAUGUCCUGCAUUGAUGCUGGGAUACUAGAGGAAUCAGCUGACAAGCCUGACAGUGCAGUGGAGGGAUUGGAUGUGAAUGGACCGAAGGCACAGCUGAUGCUAAGGUAUCCAGAUGGAAAGAGGGAACAAAUUUCACUGCCUGAACAAGCUAAACUUCUGGCUCUCGUGAAGCAUGUCCAGUCAAAAGGAUACCCUAAUGAACGUUUUGAACUUCUCACCAACUUCCCUCGAAGGAAGCUUUCUCACCUGGACUAUGACAUCACAUUGCAGGAGGCUGGCCUGUGCCCUCAAGAGACUGUCUUUGUGCAGGAAAGGAAUUAGCACCAUGGCCUGAGCUCUCCCAGCCUCCCUCCCCUCCUCCUCUUUGCCUGUGAUACCAACGCACUAAAUAUGCAGCUGGGCUCAUGGGAUCACCGAGCUGAAAUCAGGCAGGCAGGCAUUUGCCACAUCUCCCUCUUCCUCCUUUCUCCUAGUCUUGUGACCAAAUGAAAAUGCUAAGAUAUGAGCUUUCCCAGUUUUGGGCUUGGAAAAAUCAUGCUCUAAUUGUGGAGGAACAUGCCUCCUACAACUACACAUCCCUUUCUCAGAAUAAAAGGGUAGUCUGUGCAUCCAACAUGCUGGGGUUAGGGAUGGCCAUAACAAACAGAUAUUUCUCACCGCUACCCCUAAAAAAAAAUCUAUUUUGUUAAUAUAUUUUAUUUUUAUUGAGAAAUACCAUGUGGCUAGGCACUGAGUUGUCUCCCUACACAGAGAAAUUGUAAUUUGCAGUAGAGUUUUUCUUGGUUUUGGUUUUCUACACAAAAGGUCUCCAUUAACCUUACAGCCAUGUGAGGAUCCCUUUUCAUGUCCUUUGCAGAAUACUGAUUUGCUGGAAGGAUGUGGUGUGAGCUAUGUUUAACAAUUCAGGCUGGGCUUGGUAGAUUACACAUGCAUAUUUUCCCCUCUUUUCCUGCUGAUGAAGUGACAUCUUGUUUUAAGUGAGGGUUGACCUGCCAGGGGAUUUGGCAAAUAUUUAGCAUGCCUGAUACGGGAAUUGGAUGCUUGGUCUGGAGCUGAAACCUCCUGUUUUCAUAGUUAGAACUUACCUCCAGAAUCUAUUCUCUUAUUCCAAAAUGUGGCCUCUUUGUUGUCAGGACUUUAUUGGUCGUGGGAUAGUGUAAGAAUAUCAAACUUUCUGUAAAACUUUUGCCAUCGUACAACUUAAAAACUAAUUUGA